AUACACCACUCCACUCGCCUCCGCUGGCCUGCAUUCUUCAUCAUGAAGGCUACCAUUCUUACCUCGGCGCUUCUCCUCUCCUCGACUGCCCUGGGCACCGUUGUCCCCAGGGCUGGCAAGAAGGUCGACUACAAUGGCUUCAAGGUCUUGCGCGUAACUGCCACGGACAAUGUCAAGGACCAGGUUGAGAGUCUGUCGGCCCAUGUUCUCAACCCUGGCAAGUCGGCCGAGAUGGAUGUAGUCGUUGCGCCUGAAAACGUCGAGGCCUUGACUGCAUUGGUUGCCGAGAGCAAGGUGCUCAACAACGAUGUUGGUGCUGCUCUCAAGGAAGAAGGCGAGAUGGGUGUUUAUGCUGUCCCCAGCGAGUCAUGGUUCACAGCAUACCACCCAUAUGCCGACCACAUUCAGUUCCUGCGCGACCUGCAGGCCGGCUUCACUGGCCAGUCUGAGAUUGUCAAUGUUGGAACUUCUGUCCAAGGCCGAGCUCUGACGGGUAUCCACAUCUGGGGUAGCGGCGGCAAGGGCUCCAAGCCUGCCGUUAUUAUCCAUGGAAACGUGCACGCACGAGAGUGGAUUACCUCGAUGACUACCGAGUACUUUGCAUGGCAACUCCUGACAAAGUACUCGUCGGACUCGAGCAUCAAGGCGCUCGUCGACAAGUUUGACUUUUACAUUACCCCCAUUGUCAACCCCGAUGGCUUCGUCUACUCGCAGACCACCGACCGUCUCUGGCGCAAGAAUCGCCAGACAGUCAGCGGCAACUCGUGUGUCGGCCGCGACAUCAACCGCAACUGGCCCUACAAGUGGGAAGUCACCGGCGGCGCCUCCACCAACCCCUGCGCCGAAACCUACAAGGGCCUUGCCCCCGGCGACGCUCCCGAGCUUCAAGGCGUAAAAGCCCAAGUCGACGCUCUCAAAGCAUCGCGCGGCAUCCGUCUUUACCUCGAUGUGCACUCCUACGGCCAAUACAUUCUCUGGCCCUACGGCUACGACUGCAGUCUGCGCGCCGAAAACGACGCUCAGCACCGCAGCAUCGCCACGCGCGCCGCCUCGGCCAUCCGCGCCGUCUCCGGUACCGCAUACACCAUUGGCCCCAGCUGCGCUACCCUCUACGCCACUACGGGCUCCUCAACUGAUUACACCGACGUCACGGGUAAUGCUACCUACUCGUACACGUACGAACUUAGGGACAAAGGUACUUAUGGAUUUACCCUGCCGGCUGCCCAGAUUCGACCUACGGCUGUGGAGACGUGGGCUGGUGUCGUGAGUAUGCUGCAGGAUGCUUAG